CCAGCUUUUGCGAUCUCGGUUAUUUGUGGCGGCCACUCACUCACGCAUUACAGCAGCACCAGCCAGCCUCUCACGACACUUCCUGCCUGCCUGCCUGUCUUUCUUUCUGUCUUUCUUUGGUGGCCUCCACUGAUUUGCGUCAUCGGUGUGCAUACGCAGCGCUCUGCACAACAGCUCUUGUCAGUUGUGGUUGUGGUGGGUUGAUUCGCUUCAGCUCUACAGCUCCCGUGCGCCUCCUCCUCCUCCUCCUCUUCCUUCUUCUUCCGAAACAGCGACAAUGGCCUUGAAAUACAACGCGAUGAACCCAAACGAGACCUGGGUGAACCACCCAGGUUUCAUUGCCAUGUACCUCGUGCUCUUCACAGCGUGCCACUUGGUGCUGUUGAGCUUGCCCAUCACCACCGAGCUCGUCUGGACCCUGACAAAUGUUUGCCACAGCCUGAUCACCUUUGUGUCAUUCCACUGGCUCAAGGGUGCUCCGUUUGAGACCAUGGACGAGGGAGAGUCGCUCAGCCUCACACAAUGGGAACAGAUUGGCAGCUCGCCCGACAUGACGCAGACGAAGCGAUUCCUCAUCGGGUUCCCAGUGCUUGUCUUCCUCCUGGCGACGGCGUACACGCACCAUGACAACCUGCACUUCUUUGUGAACCUCUCCUUCCUCGCACUCAUCAUGAUCCCCAAGCUCCCAGAAAUGCACGGGGUUCGCCUGUUCAACAUCAACAAGUACUAGAGCAGCCAUCGCAAACUCGUUCACGCUCGCAACCGCGCCUCCCUGACCCACAAUUUCCCUUCCCCUGCCCCUUUCCCAUGCUGCACAAUUGUGUGCAUGUGCGUCCGUGUAUGUGUCUGUCUGGAUAUGUGUCUGGGUCUGGCUGUCUGGCUGUCUGUCUGUCUGUCUGUCUGUGACUGUGUGCGCAUAUUCAUGUGUGCGCGUGCCCUUCUUCCAUGAACGGAGCCCGGGGACUGGGCGUGUGUAUCGUUCAUUGGACGUGACUGCAAUGACAUGGUGGUGGUGCUUUGUGUUGAUCCCUGCCCUACUCGCGGUGUGUGCGUCUUCGCUGUCUGUCUGUAUUGGUUGGUGGUGGUUGUAACUGCGCUCGCUUGCUUUGUCCUUUUAUCUCUUUCACCCGUCGCACGGCUGGCACACGAAAUGAAACAACACUGUCCA